UUAUGAGAUACUUAACAAUCUUGUUUAUAUUGUAUACAUCAUUGUUUUGUACCUGCUAUGCUAAAAGUACAGAAAAUGAUGAAAAAACAGUAUUUUUUGUUUUUUCGGAAGAGUGCUUUGAUAAAUUGGUAAUUUAAAAAGAUUUCUUACAUAUUUCAUGCAUUAAAAAGACUUUAUCCGAAAUAAUUAGCUAUACAAUAAUAGUAUUAUCAGUCAUCUUGAAAGCCCCUUAGAUUUAUAAGAUUAUUCAAAAAUCAAAAGUUACAGGAUUAUCAUUUGAUUCAAUUUUCUUUGAAGUAAUCUAUAAAAUUAAAAAAAGCUCUUUGUAUAUUCAUUUUCUAUUGCUUACAAUGUGCAUAAAUAAAAUCCUUGGAAACUUUAUGCUGAAAAUAUAGCUAUAUUAAUUUAAACUAUAAUUAUUGUUGCCCUUUUCAAGAUUUAUGAGAAAUCUUUUACUCUAAGAUAAUUUUAUGUCAGAACUGCCAUAUUUAUAGGUGUAAAUUUCCCAUUUUUCACAGGAAUGAUUCCAAAUAGUAUAUUUAACUUAGCCAUAAUAAUAAAUAUUUGUUUGAGUAAAUUUUUAACAAGAUUAUUUUUUAGUUAUGUUUGCUAGACUACCAUAAAUAUGGUCAAAUUUUAGAAAUAAAGACACUGGAUAACUUGCCUUUAUAACAAUAUUUUUAUAAUUUGCAGGAGCAGCUGCAAGAUGCUUCACCAUUUUAGUUAGUUCAACAGAUGGAAUGUUAAUUGUAAUAUAAAUAUAUAUUUCAUUAAGCUAUUAAAUGUUAUCAGUGUAGCUUUAAAUUUUACUCUAGUAUUUUAAAUGUUAACAUAUUGGAAUUCAAAAAAAGGAAAGAAAGAUUGAG